AUGGAGAAGAUGUUCUUUGUUGUGACCUGUGUGAAAGAGAAAGAGGACAGUUAUUUUGUAUUUUAUGUCCAGUCAGUCUUUGCAUACACAAAGAGUUCAAGUGUCGAUGCAAUAUUUCAACAAGAAGAAAUAGAUGGCACACAGCUUAGAAAAUUGUUUGGAUCCCUUUUACCAUUCCCCAUUACGAAAAAGGAAGUCUCUCUGAUUCGCACAGCAACUGCAUCAUCUCCAGGGAAUACAAAGCUCUAUACACCUAGACUUAUCACUUCGACAGAAACUGGGUUCAAAAUCCUUUACAAUGUUGCCUGUAAUUGUGAUGAAGAAUUCUGGGCAAGUGGAGAAGAUAGUAAAAUAAAAUGUUUUGAUGGUCAAGGAUCCCUACUCAAUGCAGUUGAUACAACAUCAGGGAUAUGGCCUAAUGACAUAGCUGUGACAAAUGAAGGAGAUUUACUGUAUAUUGAUGGCACAAGGAAAACGAUUGAGUUGAUGAAGAACGGACAGAAAAAAAGAAUAAUCACGUUACUGGAAUGGAAUCCUCUUGCUAUUUUCGUAACUUCUGGUGAUGAACUCUUAAUUAUCAUGUUCAGUGACGAUGAAACACAAUCUAAAGUUGUCCGAUAUUCUGGCUCAAAUGAAAAACAAUCAUUUUUGACAAUGAGGGAAAACCUUUAUAUUCAAGAAAUGAUAAAAUACAUAACAGAAAACGGGAACUGUGAUAUCUGUGUUGCCGACUUCGAAGUUUCUGCAGUUGUAGUAGUCAAUAAGUCUGGUAAGUUUCGGUUUAGAUACACAUGUUACCCAUUCGCUGCCAAGGAAAAUCCUUUCAGUCCCUGUGGCAUUGCUACAGAUAGACAAAAUCAAAUCCUAAUAGCAGACUGUGCUAACCACUGCAUCCAUAUCGUAGACCAAGAUGGACAGUUCUUACACUAUAUAGAGGGAUGUGGUCUGGAUAGGCCAUGUGGUUUAUGUGUCGACAAGAAUGACAACUUGCUUGUGGCUGAGACGAAUGGUAUACUGAAGAAAAUUAAGUAUCAAGAUUAG